ACCGUGUACAAAACCAGGUUCACUUGCCGCGCCCUGCCCAGACAAUAAGGCACACCGCACCAGUCGCUCGACGAAAUGCCUCACUGAGAAAAGCGUCAACCCAAAAAAAGCAAACACCAAAAUCUGAGCUAGCUCUGCCGCGAUGUGGAGGCGCGUGGCUUCACUCUCUCCUCUGAUUUCCCACUCAAAACCCUCCAUUCAUAACCAGGCAGCUUCCACAUUCAAGAUUUGGGAAUCAUUUACCUCACAAUCAGAGACAGUAACUCCUUCGAAAGCUGCUCCAUUCAUUACUUUCGUGUUGGGUGGCCCUGGUAGUGGGAAAGGUACUCAAUGUGCUAAGAUAGUUGAGGCAUUUGGGUUCACUCAUGUGAGUGCAGGGGAUCUGUUGAGGAGGGAAAUUGCUUCGAAUAGCGCAUAUGGCGCUGUGAUUCUUAGUACGAUUAGAGAAGGAAAGAUUGUUCCCUCUCAAGUGACGGUUCAGCUCAUUCUAAAGGAGAUGGAAGCGAGUGAUAAUUGCAAGUUUCUCAUUGAUGGGUUCCCUCGAAGUGAGGAGAACCGCAAGGCAUUUGAAGAAGUUAUUGGAGCAGAACCGGAUGUUGUACUUUUCUUCGACUGUCCUGAACAAGAGAUGGUGAAGCGAGUGCUAAAUCGUAAUCAGGGACGAGUUGAUGAUAAUAUUGAAACAAUCAAGAAACGGCUUGAAGUGUUUGAUGAAUUGAAUUGGCCUAUAGUCAAUUACUACACACAGAGGGGAAAACUUCACAGGAUCAAUGCAGUGGGAACAGUAGAUGAAAUAUUUGAAAAAGUUCGCCCUAUUUUUGCUGCGCUGAGCAAGUGAAAUGUUGAAUGUUUGAGUACAAUAUGGCAGAGAAUGUAAAGAUUCUCGAAGAACACCAGAGGUCGGUCUGCUAACUACAAGCUUCGCGAGGAGUGGAAAUUCCUACUAAAAGGAGCACUGUCAAUUCUAAAGCAACUACUUAUCAACGGGAUUGAUUUUUGUACCCCGAUUACUGCACUUGAUAUAUGUACACCCCUUAAGCUGGACAGAAAACCACGCAGCAUUACUGUUUAACCGCAAGUUCUCACUGUUGUGACCUUCCUCAAACUGAAGCUUAAUCUCCUCACUGUUAAUCUGAAAUCUAAUCUGUAUUUCCUAAGCAUGAUAAGAAAGUUUUUCUGAUUUUAUU